AUGCGCACGCUUUUCUCCACUGAUUGUGUGAUCACUGAUCGGGCAGGCGUGGUGGAAAACCGUCACGGUGUCCACGCCGCCAUCGUCGACGCCAGAGGCCGUCUUUUAUUCGCCGUUGGUGAUCCGUCAAGGAUUACCCUUGCCCGAUCCGCAGCCAAGCCCGCCCAAGCCUUGGUCAUUUAUGAAACUGGUGCCCUGCAGAAAUUCAACCUCGACGAUGCCGAUUUGGCCUUGAUGUGCGCAUCGCACAGCAGCGAAGACCGCCAUAUUACUCGAGCCCGAAAUAUCUUGUCGAAGAUACAAUGCAGCGAAGAGGACCUGCAAUGCGGUCCUCAUCCCGCGAUUUCGGAUUUUGUGAAUCGCUCCUGGAUCAAGGCGGAUUUCACCCCGACUCCGGUCUACAGUAAUUGUUCUGGAAAGCAUGCUGGGAUGCUGGCCGGGACGAAGGCUCUCGGUGCGGAUGUGGGAACCUACCAUCUGUCGACCAAUCCCAUGCAAGUUCGGGUCAGGCAGGCUGUGGAUGAAAUAUGUCAUCUUGAGGCCAAGGCAAAUAGGUCAUUAUGGGGUGUCGACGGUUGCAAUCUUCCAGCACCGGCUUUUCCCUUGCAUUGCUUGGCUCGCAUGUAUGCCGUCUUUGCCGAUGGAGCCAGUCAAGUGGAAUCUAACGCGGCUGGGACUACGCCCAGGAUGCGGGCACUAAGCAAGGUAUUCCACGCCAUGUCUACAUAUCCCGAGCUUGUCGCCGGUGAUGACCGUUUCUGCACGGAGCUCAUGAGAUCCUUCAAAGGCUUGGUGAUUGGCAAGAUUGGAGCGGACGGUUGUUAUGGAAUUGGCGUGAAACAGACGGAGUGGACCAGGAAGCUUGGAGCUGAAGGUGCGCUUGGAAUAGCUGUGAAGAUCGAGGAUGGCAACAUCCAGAUUCUGUCCUCUGCGGUUGCAGAGAUUCUGGAACAGCUUCAGAUCGGCGAGCCGGAGAUGCGGCAGGCACUUUCCCGGUUCCAUUGUCCCGAUAUUAAGAACACCAGAGGAGUUGUGACGGGGAAGACGUCUCAUGCAUUCAAAGUACGCACCGUGGAAAACAGCGAGGCGGUAUAG